AUGGAUCCCUGGAGUGGAUACCAAAAUAUGCCGCCCGAUCAAGUGAACUGGGCGGACUUGGCACAAAGAUGGAUGGCCAUGAGAUCUGCACAAGAAAGUCCGGAUAAUGGACAUGAGAACAAUCACUUGAAUGGGUAUGGUGGAGGACACUAUGGAAGAGACAACGCACCACCUAGUCACUACGGACGAGGGAGUGGAUACGACGGCUAUGGACGAGAGAAUGUACUCCCUCCAUAUCAUCAAGGAGGUCCACCAGAUCAUAGCUUUGGUAGAGCUGUCGAAAGAAAUCAUCACGAUUACGGAAGACAUGAUAAUCUUCAUCCAGAUUCCGAAGAGUGGUCUACUUCAGGACCUAAUCGUCCCAUUUUUCCCUCUGCAGCACAAACCAAAAACGACAACCGCAACGAUUUUCAAGAUGGUUAUCGCGGACAAUGGGGAGCUGGACCACCUCCACCACCUCUUCUGGAACCUCGUAACUCUUCCGGAGAUUAUCACCGCUCGCCUGGACCGCCAUCUAACCAGUACUAUCGGCCCGACUUUCCACCAAGGCCAACCGGUCAGCCGAAUAGGAAUUGGGCACCACCUCCUGAAUGCCCUCCAGGCGGAUCAUCACUGCAUUGUCCACCACCAUCUUCUGGACCGAUUCCCCCUGUUGGGCCACCUCAGCACGGUUUACCCCCUCCGGGUGGUCCGCCGCAUCCUGCUGGGCCUCCGCCCGGACCUUCAUGGUACUCCCAGCAUUUCUACCCGCCUCCGUUUUCAUCCGGAGGCUCAAACCCAGUACCUCCUCAGCCGUCUGGGCAAAAUCAGCCGCCCGCGCCAGCGCCGCCUUUUUUCACUAUGGAUGCUACAGCAAGGAAAAAAUUACCAGCUUGGAUAUUGGAAGGGCUCGAAAAAGCAGAACGGGAAAAGUUGAAGCAGUUGGAAAAGGAGGAACGAAUGAGGGUAGCAGAAGAAGAACGAGCAAAGCGGCGAGCUCUCGCUGGGAAAGGGAAAUUCGACAGCAGCAGUGAAGACGAGGAUGAAGGUCAAGCAGAUGAUGAACGGUCACGUUCGAAGUCGAGACAAUCACUUGCUGCUGAUGACGACGAUGGGGAACCAGUUUUCUUAGCCAAGCGACGUCCUUUAGUCGAAGAUCUCCGUACAGAAGAGGAGAAGAAGGAUGAUGCGAUGAUUGCUGUGAGAUUCAUCAUGAUGUCGUUGCUCAUGGAAGUCACGGAUGAGACACUACAUUCGUGUAUUCUGGACAGCAUUCGUGAAGCAAGGCAUGAAGCUGAACCAAAGCUACUUGCGAAGAGUUCCGCAUUGGCGGCUUUGUCAAGUCUCGGCGGUGGCGACGAGAGCGAUGACGAAAGCGACGAUGGUGAGGAGGCAAAGGGAGCUGGAAAGGAUCGCACAGGUGGAGCUGCAUCACCAUCGAGUGAAUCGAGUGAGGAUAUUGCCGCAUUCAAGGCUCCUCUAGGGGUACCACGAAAGAGUAGUAAGCAAACGACUAACUCAACAGAAGCUACGUCGUCGGCUUCUGCAACAGAAAGUGGUAUGGAUUCAGUUAAAACGAAUUUACGCAGAUCCGGUAGGAACAGUGAUGAUUUAAAGUCUGAUAAAAGCAAUACCAAUGGGAAGGGGUCUGGCGACUCUGAGUCAAAACGACGAAAACGAAGUACUUCGCGUGGCAGAGAUCGGAAACGAAGUCGAUCAGGCGAUAGGAGGCGAAGUGGAUCACGGGAACGCAAGCGUAGCAGAAGUCGUGAACGCCGUCGUAUAUACACCGGUCUGGUGGAGACGCGCAAGAAAAAUCAGAAUGUGAAAGUUACGGUGGCCGAUGAUGUGCCGUUGCCGAGGAGGGCAGCCUCCGCUAAAUCUCCGCCCGUACAGAAGAAGGGCGGCAAGCAUGUAGAAGAACCGAAACACGACGACGACAACUCCAUCGACGACGUUGACGAAGACAAAAUUGACGAGAUUUUGCGCGAUGCCACCCGUAACCUCGUCAUCUUCUUCUAUGAUGGCAGAGCUCAAUGUCCGUCCUGUGGAGAGGCGUUGUCCGAGGUGGAAGAGAUCGAUGACGACAUCGAAGCUACCGGAUAUGUCCAGGUUGUGAAAACGGACGAUCGCUCAGUUGCCCGCGAUCUAGGCAUAGUCACUUUCCCUUCACUUGUAUACUACAGAAGGAAAAAUCCGAUUCUUUACGACGGUGAAUUCAAGGAUUCCGAGGAGGUCUUGCGUUGGUUGCGAUCUCAUGAAGAAGUUGUUACAUGGGAUCUAACUGACGACAACUUUGAAUCGCGCACUGAUUCCCAUUCUCCUGACGAGGGGACCCUGGACUGGUUUGUAAUGUUUUACGAUGCAGACGAGGGACCAUGCAACUCCUUUAUUCCUAUGUGGGAGACGGUUGCUCACAAGCUUCGCGGACUCGUUCACGUUGGCAAAGUUGAAACGUCUAUCAACGACGACGUCACCGACAGAUUCCAUAUCGAUGAGAAUGACUGCCCAACAUUCCUACUGCGAGUAUUUCAGGAAGCUUCUUUUCUGUUCUUGAAGGAAGCAGCUAAGGACGUCAGGACUCUAACCAACUUCGCUUUGUACAAAUUCAAAGAACAACGAGGAAUGAGGGUUCCUGAACCCCCAACUGCUAUUGAGCACUUGUACGAAUACACGAAAGAGAAGAUUCUUGACGUUAUGGAGGACAAUCAAAUGUUGUCAGUGAUUGGUGUCGGUGGUCUGAUCCUGAUUGUUGCCGUCACGCUUAUCAUCAAAGCCUACAGAAUCAAGCAGGAAAACAAGGCGAAAAGCUCAUGA